AUGAACCCAAAUGAAGCCCUUCAACUCUUUUGUCAGAAAGCAUUUGGAAGAAGUGAGCCUCAGGAGGAUCUGUUGGAGCUGUCUAAAAUUGUUUGUGAUUAUGCAGGAGGCCUUCCUUUAGCUCUCUCUAUUUUGGGCUCCUUUUUCCAUGGAAGAAGUACUGUGCAAUGGGAAGAUGCUUUAGACAUGUUGAAGAAAGAACCACCUAAAGAUAUUUUUAGGACACUUAAAAUAAGUUUUGACGCAUUAACCGAUACAGAACAAACAAUAUUUUUAGAUAUUGCUUGCUUCUUCAAUGGUUGGAGCAAAAACAAAAUAACAAAAAUAUUGGAAAGUUAUGGUUUUAAUGCAAAAAUUGGAAUAACAACUCUCCAGGAAAAGUCUAUGCUAAAGAACUAUGACAAUAUUUUAGUGAUGCAUGAUUUGGUGGAACAAAUGGGUAGGAAAAUUGUUGUGGAUAAGUCUUCUAAUUAUAUUGGAAAUCGUAGUAGAUUGUGGACUAAUGAAGACAUUGAUAAAGUUAUGGAAAACAAUUUGUGCUCAAAGAAUUUGAAGAUUUUGGACUUGCGUUACUCCAAAAACUUGAUUGAAACUCCUGAUUUUUUGGAACUUCCAAACCUGGAAAGAUUGGAACUUGAAGGUUGUGAAAAACUUGUUGACCUUCAUAUUUCAAUUGGACAACUCAAAAAGCUUCAAGCAUUGAAUUUGAAAGGUUGCAAAAAUCUUAGAGCCCGUUGUCCAAAAAAAUUGGAAAUGACUGCUCUUAAAGAACUUGUUUUUUGUGGAUGUAUUCAAGUAAAAUUUCUCCCAGAGUUUGGAGAGAGUAUGAAAAAUCUAGAAACAAUUGAUGUUGGAGAGACAAAUAUAGUCAGACUUCCUGAGUCACUUGGCUUAUUGAUUGGUCUUAAGACUUUGAAAUUAAGGGGCUGUAAAAAUCUUGUUUGUCUUCCUCAGAGCAUCCACAAUUUGAAACGCCUUGUAGUUAUUGAUAUAUCUGGCUGCUCAAAGUUUUCUAGAUUGCCAGAAAAGUUGAAUGAAAUUGAAGGCUUGGAGGAGCUCAACGCAAGUGAAACCGAUAUAACAGAAAUACCUCCUUCCAUUGGUGGUUUAGAGAAACUCAAGAAAUUGUCAGUCCAUGGGUGCAAAAGGUCGAUUUCAAACUAUUGGAGCAUGAUUCUUCUGUGGAAGCACAUGUUUUGGGGGCGUUCAGUUUAUAAGCGCUUAACAUUGCCUGCUUCAAUGUUCAAUCUUAAAUCACUGACAGAAUUAGAUUUAAGCUUCUACGGCAUUGAUGAUGGAUCCAUUCCGGAUGACUUGUCUGGCUUAUCAUCAUUGAAGAGAUUAGAUCUAAGUGGAAACAAUUUUAAGAAUCUACCUACCGGCUGCAUAUCUAAUCUUUUGAAUUUGAAUAGUGUGAUGUUGAAUUCUUGCUCGGAACUUCAGUUGUUGCCGCAGACUCCGCCAAGUUUAUGUUUCAUGGAAGCAGAAGAAUGUCCUUCAUUAGAAAUAGUGGGAGGCGAACAAUUGUCACAUCUCUUUGCAACAAUGGACCAGGGGGAAGAUACUUGGAUGAACGAAAAUCUCUCGGUGACUAUACCUGGAAGUGAAAUACCGUCAUGGUUUGAGAAUCAAGUUGAUCUUUGUACGGAUGAAGAGGGUAGGGCUUUCUUGUCCAUGGACAUACCUCCUUGGGAAGAAAUGGUGGGAAUUGGAUUAUGCACUCUGUUAGAAAGCAAGUUUUAUUCCACUGAACCCGACACAAGAGAACGGUGUUUCUUGUGGUGGCUUUGUGAUUGUUACGGAAAUUCCAGAACCACCAAGUAUUUAAGGGCGUUUGAUUGUGAUGGUGAGAAAAAAAGGAAGUCUCCUCACCUUUGGGUCGUGUUUUGGAAACAAAGAGAGGUAAACAGUGCUAUGAUGGAAUUAAGAGAGCGCAGUCAGAUUCCCUUCAUAUUCAAUGCUGGCUGCAAUGAUGCGAAAGUUACAAUAAGGUGUGGAUGGCGUGUCAUGCGCAAAGGUGAUUUCGAAAACAGCGGUUGCUCAACGAAUCAAAGUUUUAUUCCAAUAUUAGAACAACAAAUGGACCGAAGGAAAUGA